AUGAAGCUCAUCCCGUCACUCACCCCCUCCCUCACCUCAUGGGUGCUGGCCCAGCCCGUCUUCUACGUGGCGUCGGCGCCCACGCACGGCGCGCACGUCAACGUCUCGCCCAAGGGCCUCCCGUCCUCGACGUUCAGCGUGCUCUCGCCCAACCAGGUCGCCUACCUGGACCGCACCGGCUCCGGGUGCGAGACGAUCGCGCACCUGUACGAGAACGGCCGCAUCACCAUCAUGUUCAUGAGCGUCGGCGCCAGUCCCCGCAUCCUGCGGCUCUUUGGCCGCGGCCGCGUCGUCGAGUGGGACAGCCCGCUGUUUGCCGGCUGGCUCGAGCGCCUCGGCAAGGCGCGCCCGGACGCCGUCCGCAGCGUCAUCGUCUGUGAUGUCUUCCAGGUGAGCACGAGCUGUGGCUACGGUGUGCCGCGCGUCCGCAAGGAGCUGUACCUCCCCGCCGCCGCAGGAGCCGCCGGCGGUCCCGGGGCGGAACCCGAAGCGGGGCAGGAGGAGGAGGAGGAGGGGGAGCAAGUGGAACAGGGCGAGGAGAAUGGCAAGUUCGACAAGUACGGGGUCCUCCGGCUGCGGUGGGACAAGGAGAACAGCGUGUUCGAGGACCGGCCCACGCUGGUGGACAACGCACGUAAGCGCCAAAAAGCUGGCAAAGUGCUAGAGUAUCAGGUGCAGGCGAACCUGGACAGCCUGGACGGGCUGCCGGGGCUACGGGUCGCGCGGCGCGAGGCCGGGCAGUGGCUGUGGGCGGCGGACGCAAAGGCGCACGUCAGGAGGGUGCUCGCGGAGCGGGAAGCGAUCGUGUUUGGGUUUCUGCUAGGGGUUCUGUUCUACCUCGUGCUAUCUACCAAGCUGUUUGGCGCCGUGGACCUGGUCAAGUCGGCCGACCUGGCUGACCUGACCGCCGGGUUCAAACAGCAGCUUGAGGUCUUGUCCUCUGCUCGUGUCAAAAAGUAG